CCACCACACGUACGAUCUCGCCGAAGACAGCUGGAGGACAGCUCAGGACAGCUGGGGGCUAUUGACGAUCGGCCGUUACGUGUCCGAAAUAGAGACAUUAGAAAAUUCCUCGAGAAAAUUGUGAAACGCUCGGAGCAUCGAGCCCGGAUAUAUCGACGGUGGAUCGCCACUGAAUUCCAGUGGAAGGAGAGAGACGGCAGGAAAUUGACGGUCGCGCGACGAGAUAACCAAGUUGAUAGCGGGUCGACGAUAGGUUCGGCUCGUGUAAACACAGCCUCGUAGACGCGAUCAUGAACGAUUGCGGGCUUUGCGGCUCAAUCGAGCUCUGCGGACGAUCGCUCGUCCGGUGAGAGAGCGAGAGGGUACCGCGGUACCCGCCUUAUCUGAACACGAUGUGCCGCACAAUAAGACCUGCAGCUUAAUUGGGAAAUCUCUGUGACUCAUUUUGCUGUAAGAUAGAUCUAAAAUCAUGUAAAGUGAAGUGGAGGAACAUCAUCGUCGCAGUAUAGUUUGUUUAGUCGCGAAAAAGACGCAACAAUGGGUUCCAUCGCUCUGGAGGAGUACGAGUUGAUGAAGGACUCCAAGUAUCGGGUCUAUGUGUCUGCUGUCGACAAGGCCCUGAAGAGUUUCGAGUACACGAGCGAAUGGGCAGAUUUAAUCUCUGCCCUAGGAAAGCUCAAUAAGGUGUUACUGAGCCAUAUGAAGUUUCCUGUUAUUCCAAGGAGAAUUAAAAUAUCGAAGAGAUUAGCCCAAUGCAUGCAUCCAGCAUUACCUUCUGGUGUUCACUUGAAAGCUUUAGAAACGUACGAUAUUAUUUUUAAGUGUAUGGGCACUAAUAGGCUUAGUCAUGAGCUCUUUAUCUAUAGUGCAGGACUAUUUCCAUUGUUGGGUCAUGCUGCAAUGAAUGUCAGACCAUCAUUGUUAACGGUAUACGAAACACACUUUGUACCACUCGGCGAAAGAUUGAGACCAGGAUUAAGUGGUUUUUUAAGUGGCGUUCUCUUGGGCCUAGAAGAUGGAUCUGAUCAUUUUGACAGAACUAAUUCCUUACUGGAAAAAGUGUGUGAGGGUGUGGGUGCGGAACAUUUUUAUGCGUGCCUCUGGGACUGCUUGGCUUCAAAUUCUGUCAUUCGAUUGCCUGCAAUAUCAUUCGUGCUAGCACAUUUCAACAAAAAAAUGUCGAUGGAGGAGCAAAAAUAUAUUAUGGGUACUAAUAUCAAAAUUAUGAUUUCAGCCUUGUGUGCUGGAGUACAAGAUACUUCGGUGCUAGUGCAAAGAAGUGCACUGGAUUUUCUAUUGAUAGGUUUUCCUAUGCACAACAGUCAAUUGACACAUCCAGAUAUGAUACUGUUAAUAAAAGCUGCUUUAGUUACUAUAUUGCGAAGGGAUAUGAGCUUAAACAGACGUUUGUUUGCUUGGCUGUUGGGCACUGAAGUAAGCACAUCGAUUUUAAAGAAGAAGAACCAUGCAAUUGCAGACACUAAAGAGAGUGUAACAUACUUUGAUAUGUAUUCGAAGGAAAUGCUAGUUGAAGCGAUAAAAUAUCUACUUAAAGAAGUGUGUGAAGAAAAUUCGCAAGAUCUGAAGCCAUAUAGGAUACUUGUCUCGUUACUCGAUAAGGUGGAUAUUGGACCAAUAAUUUUAGAUGAUAUUCUGUUUGAAGUGUUUAGGACAUUUUAUAAUGCAUGCAGACAAUUUAUGCCAAGUCAUGCCCCGAAAUCGAAUGAAGUGGUGAAGUCUGCGAAUCUGUUAUUCUCGACUUUGGAACCGUCUUAUAUCUGGAUACAUUGUGGGCAUCUAUUUGAGAAAGCCUGUAAUACUAGAGCAAAGGUGCUAACAGAAUUUUUACUUGAGACUGUGUCGUUGGAUGCGUUUAUAGACACGCCAUCUGAACAUCUUCCUGGCUUAUUUUACGAAAUAAUCAGCAAACUUUUACAUCACAGUAAUAUCCUGUCCCCAACAGAGAUCUCAAAAAGUCUCAAAUUAUGCGCCAAGAUCUUAUCGAAGGUGCAACCAACGUCUCAUGCGGAUAAGUGUGAAAUAGAUGCCAAGUUGGACAUGUCUCUGAAUAACAUUACAGUUCCCAGCGAUAAUUCCCUGAUGGCAAUCCCUUUAGAGAAAAGUCAGUCAGAUAGUAAAUUGAAUAAGCCCGAUACAUCCAAUAUCUCCUUCACAGAGAAAAGCCCAAGUACAAGAAGAAGAGCCAAUUCCGGUGGUGCUGCUAAAAGGAGCGAGAAGAAGUCGAAGAAAAAGGGAAGUAAAAGCACUCCCAAAUUAAACGACACGUACACAAUACAGGCUGAUGGCAGCAGCAUAUCCGUUGUAGUGAGCGAAGAUACGAAACCUUUACCUAGAAAUAAAAGUAUGGACGAUAUUAAAGCAAGCUGCGUUGAAAUUGAUGAUAUUUCUUCAUCAAUGAUUCAAUCUUCAGACAGUCGGCUGUCCAUGUUAAAACAUUUUAAGAAUGUUACUCCAAUGGGAUCGACGGGAUCCUUAUGUAGGGGACCAUCUCCAGCGUUUCAGGCACAGCAUUCCAUGUUGGAAAAGUGUCUCCGGCAAUACGAGAUAUUUUACGUUAAAUUAAUUAGCAACCGGAUACUUAGCAAAGAGAGAACAGUGCAGGAUAUGUUUGAUCAUUUGGUGGUGUCUUCUCCGAGAAAGAGUUUCGAUGAGAGAAUGCGUUACUUGGAAUUCAUGUUAAAUUCGAGAUUAAGCAUAGAUGACUCCGGAUUCUUUAGUCAAGACUCAUCCGUAACUGAAGAUACCAAGUGCCUGGAUAUUUUUCACCUAUUCCUCGAUUUGGCGACGUACUCAGAAUGGAUCGAAGCCAUGAAAAUAGCGUCCAGCUUAUUCGUCGAACUGUCCACAUUUCCUAAAUACUUUUUGUCCGGCGACGAUGUACUCGUAGAAGAGGAACCGAAAUUUGAGCACGUUCUUCCGGAUUGGUUGAAAAUUUUAAUAGUCUGUUCUUGCUGGUUGCAGAAGCAACCCGCAUUACAGUUAACGAGUAUUGCUACGUUAUUGGACUUAGUUGCAUUGUUAAAAGCACAUAACGACGUCGAGACACAUCCGAAAAGUGGAGAGGGUGUGACGACGGUUAUUAUCGUUCCCCUGUUGAAACAAUGGCACAUAACUUAUUUGAUGCAGUAUACUAAUGUAUUUCAGGUACUGGCACAUUCCUUGUGGCAUCAUUUGGGCGAACUUCCCGCCCAUAAAUUCAGGAUGCGUUGUGUAGAAUUAUUGCACGAAUUACAUCAUGCUUUAUACGAUUCUUGUGAUGCGGUUGAGAACCUAAUAGGAUCCGCACUUACCUCUGAAAAUCCCGAGAAGAAGAUCGAAGCCUUCAGUAGAUUUGCUACUUUGUGGCACUUAGGACGAGAAAUUGAAAUGAAUCCAAGAUUGCGUGGCUGUCUUAGAACUUUUGACCAAUCUUUGUUGAAAAUAUUGGACAAUCUUCAGCUUGCGGACAAUUCGCCGUUAAAGCUGCAGGCCCAAUCGUGGCUGUUACAUUCCUUAAUGCGUGGCGACAUAUCACGCGUAAUAGAUCCUCUGCUGAUAAUACUAUUAGAUCCAUCCACAUGCCGUAUGAGCGUUCUUCACGUGAGUAUACAACACAGUAAUACCGUCCUAACGAAGAAUGAUCCUGUGGAGGAGAAAUCAGAGGUUCAAGACGACACUGAGGGCGCCGCGAAAAUUUACGCAAUCAGUUCAGUCGAUGGUAAUGUAAUAUAUCACGUGAGCGAUAACGUAGAUGAAGAUAAAAAAUGGAAAAAGGGUAAAAAAAAGAAGCAUACGAUAAAUCCUGUGAAGAUAAAACGAAUCUUUGCGGUGACAACGCUGGCGACUGGAGAUAAUUGCAAUCACUAUGUUACCGAGAGAAAUCAGUUUAUGAAGGAACUUGAAGUACCGCCCAGUAUAUCCGGCAACAGAAAGAUUUCUGUGUUCGUAAAUCCUCUCUCGAUCAAUUGUAAUGAAAAUUCAAAUGACUCCUUUACGGAGGACGAUUCGCUGCCCAGUAUGCGCAAGACGAAUUUAACAACAGAGUUGCUGAAAAAUGCUACUCGCUUUAAGAAAAUUGAUUUCGACAAAGGUUCUACUGCCAGUUUAGACGAAAGUCUUUUCGAAUCGGCGAAUUCUAGCUUGAAAGCGAAGGAUAAGAGUAGCUACAAGAAACUAAACGACGAUGUCGAUUCGUCGUCGGAUUCCAUAACGAAUAGCUUAGAUUCGAGCAGUCCUGAAGUAACUAACAAACAAUCCAAACAAAAGAAGGAAACUCUUAUAAUGCCAGGUAGUUCCAGAGAAGUAGCGGGCACUAUCAUAAAGGGCAGAUAUUAUAGCACAAACGAGUUCAGCGCGAAUUACGAUCAUGAUAUCGGUAGUUUCGAAGCGAGCGUGGAGGUACCUAGCUGGACAAUGGACGACGACGAUGGCGAACUGGAUGUCAGCACCACUGCGGAAGAGUACUUUAGCAACUCUAGCAGCACCGGUAUAGUCGAAGAAAUUCUGAAUGAAGUACUCGAUCGCGCGAUGCAACUAUGCGACAUUGCCGAAUCACCUAAAAAUGAAGAGGUUCCGCAACAUAAUGCGAAAACUAAUCGAAAUAUCGGCUUGGGUGUUCACAAUCUUCACUCCCACAUGUUACUCUACUGUGGAGUAUACGAUUCGGCCAGGACUCUUUACGCUCUGCGUACCCUCAGGAACGAACUCUUGACGAACACGCGAAUGUUCCUGUGUUGUGCUGCGACGACUGGUGUAGCGAACGCGACGAAGAACACAGUGUUAUUAAACUUGUUAGCAAGACAUAGGAAAAGUGUUUUUGGUAGGAACUUUCAUGGUGAUAUAGCUAAUACGGAAUUUAUAGCGGCUUACAGAAGUAGUAUGUAUCUAGAAGUGUUGAUAAGCGUGUGUCUGUACUUCGCGAGAAGCUACUAUCCGAAUCUGGGGCAAAUGAGACUUACAUACGAAGAGAUCGCGGGUAAUCGCCAAGUACAACUUGCGAGUGCGGAGUUAUUGACGCUAAUAUUUUCCGAGUUAAUCCCGAUCGUUCGCGAUUCUGGGAAAGGCUUUAGUUGCUAUAUAGUUGAUUUAUUGACUAAAUGUAAAGUACAAAAAGUUGCUCUGCAUUGUCUUGUAUCCAGUGUUAUGAGUAUGAAGAACGCUCAUAAGGAGAACGAAGAUGUUUCCACGUUUACUGAAGAAAUCGUAUUGUUUAAUGAUCCGUUUAUCGAUAAUGAUGUUAACAAAUGUAAAUAUAGAGCGAGUGAUCAUACGGAAGCUUUCCAAAUACAAUUGUUACGGUUAUUGUUAGCAUUAAUUAUGUUGGAGCAUCAGUGCUGUAGUCAAAAAGGAGAGGAAAUUAAUUCUACAACAUCCCCCAUACCAAGUUCACCGACACGAGCAUCAAAUUUGAUCGGGAAUAAUUUGACGUUGAAAUACGUUUCUGGGGCAGCAAUACCGCAGCAACCAAUGUUUCUUGCUAGUAUUCUUAGCGCCUUGCAACUCGAUCAUAUGAGACAUCUUCAUCAACAUUGGACCACUCUUGUUACGUCCAGCCUACCUUUUAUAGGACCGUCUUUAACAUCUGUUGUAACAUCAGUCAUUCAUCAAUUAUGUAAUAAUAUUGAGCAUCUAGCAUCAUAUUAUAUCUGCGAAGAUGCGACAUUGACAUCGAAAUUGCAAGAUAUAAGCACAGUGGAAUGCUGUUUGCCUGCAGAUUACACUGUGACACAUUUGGAAGCUUUGACAUAUUUACUUCAUUACUGUCUAUUGGAUACUUCUCAACAAAUCGGAUUUUCAUUUAAUCAGCCACUAAGUGGUACUAUACAAACGGGAAUUCCUGGUGCUAAUCCCGGGCAAAUAUUCAAUAAUCUUAUACAUGUCUUUAUGCCCAGCCCACUUUCUCCAGAUUUAUUCACAGCUAAAGAUAAAAGUGGCGCAAAUGAGCUGCAACAACACGCCAGGAGAACAGCAUUAAGUCAUUUGCCAAGAAUAAUAGCAUCGUUGUCUGCUUUAUGGCAAGCGGUUUUGGCAACAAAAGACAAUGAACAAGCCAGUUGUGUGGUAGGUAGUCCGAGAAUAGUCAAAUAUCAAUUGUUGGAACUCCUGUCUCCAAUUUCUUUCCAUCAUGGAGCCAACUUCUUGGCUGCAGUUGCAGUUGCCUGGCAUGAAAGGCGCCAAUCAUCUGCCGCAUCAAAAAAGAUACUUCCAGAAGCGUGCCCUAAUCAGCAAGUAAUGGUUCACCUUGUUAGUGCAAUUCGUGUUAUGCCUAUUGAUACUUUGGUGCAUACCGUGCAUCAAGUAGUGAAAACGCCACCGCCAAUACACGGUGUCAAACAAGAUUUCUCAUUGGAAGUCUCAGUACUCGAAUUACUUUAUGUGUAUAUGCAGAGUAACACGUCGCAAUCGCUUAUUGAGUCUUGGGCAUCCUUGUUUAGUUUAUUAAAGGAUGGUCUGUCGCUAACAGCACCUGCCCAAUUUCUCUUACUGGCUAUACUAAACGAAUAUGUACAAAAGUGCCCACCUAUGCAAGAGAAGAAAGAUAUCAAAGAUUUGCAAGAUGUGUCUGCGAAGUUGAUCGAAUCGUGUUCGCAAAUAGCCGGUGCCUGUUUAGAGCAAACAACAUGGCUAAGAAGGAAUUUGGCCGUCCGAGAGGAUGUUUUUGAAGUAGUCGAAGGUUCUUCGGAAGGUAAAGAAGGAAAAAAUAGUGCUGUAACACCCGGCACCCCACCUAACGCGGCAUACAGUGUUCAAGCGCAAGCGGUAUUAGCGGAAAUACUUGCACCACUGUUGGAUGUCAGUUAUGGUUCGCAAGAGAAGGAACGUGUAGUAACGCUCCUAAUUAAUCUCAUGUAUAAUGUUACACCUUAUCUUAAGAAUCACACGAUAAAAAAUAUCGCCUCAUUCACCGCCUGUUCUCAACUACUGGCUUCCCUAUCAGGAUAUCAGUAUACGAGAAAGGCAUGGCGCAAAGAUGUUUUAGACUUGUUACUUGACUCGGCCUUUUUCCAAAUGAUACCGGCAUGUCUGCCAUAUUGGAGAACCAUAAUAGACAAUCUGAUGACGCACGACAAUACUACCUUCAGGGAUUUAAUGAAUCGCGUUUCCAUGGCUCAAGGCAGCGGGAUCAGUAUAUUUUCUUCGAAGGAACAGGAAUAUGAGCAGAAAGCACAGCUGUUGAAGCGUUUGGCGUUCGUCAUUCUUUGCAGUGAAACAGAUCAAUAUCACAAAUAUAUGCCGGAGAUACAAGAACGAUUAGCAGACAGUUUACGUCUACCUCAAGUAAUCCCGUCUAUUCAGGCGCAAGUGUUUCUUUGUUUUCGCGUACUGCUAUUGAGAAUGUCACCACAACACGCAACGUCCUUAUGGCCAGUUAUAGUUAGCGAACUUGUUCAAGUAUUCCUCUACAUUGAGCAGGAAUUGAACACAGAUAGCGAAGAAUUCAGUCGUCAUAGCAGUUCGCACAUUAAAUUAUUAUCGGCUCUGGACUCGUCGUGGGCUGUUAACGCCAGCAACGGACUGCAAGCACACGGGCAUCCUCACUGGUUGCAAUUGCAGCUGGCCGCCGCCAAGCUGCUAGAUCUCGCGUUGCUGUUGCCCGCGCACAGAUUACCACAGUUUCAGAUGUAUAAAUGGGCAUUUGUCGGAGACGCAGCGGCAGGUUGUACAGAUAACAAUAACUUAUCCUCUGAUUUUGUACCGCAUAUUACAAGAAUAGCGAAAUUGAUGGACAGUAAGUUCAAGCCAGAAGGUCCACCGCCCAAAAGAAAUCCGGGAGAGCUUCUACUAACGUCGAAUAAUGUUCGCUCUUUGCAAGAUUUGCAUCAUUUCUUCUCAAGCCUUAGUCGCGCUACAUGCGACACGUACGUGCCGAUAAAUAACACGCAACUGGAGACUGUAAUCGAACAGGAUUUCCUUGAGAAAAUGCCAGCCGUGCCAGCGAGAUAAUAAGGAUGUUAGUGAUAACCGUAUAAAUAAUAUUCGUUCACAUCGGAAAGAGAUAUGUCGUGAAGACGCGCUUUCUCCUUUGAUAUAUUUAUAAAAAAUAUGUACAAGAUAUUAUGAAGAUAAUCAGCGCACCUAAGUCUAUACGUAAAUACUACAUCGUAUAAAUGUGGCACAAUUAUAAUAUAAGCAUUCAAGAAAUGCACCAACUGCUCCUGUCUUCUGCCAUUAAUUGUUUCGAAGUAUUCGCUUAACAAACAAAAAAAAGAGAGGAAAAAAAAA